GGUGCAAAGCUGCGGGUCAGGCGCGGCGCCUGCGCGGUGCAGAGCCGCGGGGCUGGAGCGGCGCUCGCGACCGCGCGCUUCCGUCUGGCUCGAGGACCAACCGGCGGAUGCUGGAACGGAUGUUGGCUGCCGGCUGCGACCCGGGCCUGGGUCAGUGAGGAGCCCUCGGUUCCGCCAGGCCGGUGUCCUCUUCCGCACCCGCUGUGCUAGUGGGGGGGACGGCCGGUGUGCGAGUCGAGGCCAAGGCUCGGUGCGAGCUCCCGCACUGCUCCUCGCGGGCUGAGGUUUUCUGUCAGAUAUUCCACUGUAAUAAUGCUGGAGUUAAGAAGUGUCCAUUCCUUCGCUGUACAUCAGAGCAAUUUAUCUGCAUACAGAAAUGGAGUAAUGUGUGAAGGCAGCUGGCAAAUUAAAGAUGUUAAUGACCUAAGCUCUGUGCUGAAAUAAGAUUAAUUGGACUGCAAGUGCCAUCUUAGGGUAACCCAAAUCUCUUACUGGAACCAUGAAAGUUUUGCUGGUGUUUGACUUCGACAAUACAAUCAUAGAUGACAAUAGUGACACCCGGAUUGUACAGUGUGCUCCAGACAAAAAGCUUCCCAUGGAACUGCAAGAUUCUUACCAGAAGGGGUUCUGGACAGAAUUUAUGGGCAGAGUCUUUAAGUAUCUGGGAGAUGAAGGGGUGAAAGAGGAUGAAAUGAGAAGAACAGUGAUAUCCAUGCCUUUCACUUCAGGGAUGGUGGAGCUUUUCAGCUUUCUAAGGAUGAAUAAGAAUAAAUUUGAUUGCAUCAUUAUUUCAGAUUCAAACUCAGUCUUCAUAGAUUGGGUUUUAGAAGCUGCUGAUUUUCAUGAUGUCUUUGAUAACGUGUUUACUAAUCCAGCAGCUUUUGAUAACAGUGGUCGUCUCACAGUGAAAAAUUGCCAUGCUCAUUCUUGCAAUAGGUGUCCAAAGAACCUUUGCAAAAAUGCAGUUUUGGUAGAAUUUAUAGAUAAACAGUUAGAGAAGGGAGUGAGAUAUGCACGGAUCGUUUAUAUAGGAGAUGGUGGAAAUGAUGUCUGUCCAGUUACCUUUUUAAGGAAAAAUGAUGUUGCCAUGCCACGGAAAGGGUAUACUCUACAUAGGACUCUUGCCAGAAUGUCUCAAAAUCUUGAGCCUAUGGAAUCUGCUGUUGUAGUUUGGUCUUCAGGUGUUGAAAUAAUUUCUCAUUUACAAUUUCUAAUAAAGGAGUAAUGUGCCAACCA